AUGGCCAACCUGAACAUAAGUAAUGAAAUCAACCAGAAGGCCAGCCUUUCAAAGAUGUCCAUCAAAGCCUUUGGUCCCAGGUAUGUCAAGAAGUCCAAAGCAACCAUCCGGCAGGAAAAUGUCAUCUCAUCUUCCCAGAAGACCAUUAUCAUAAGUCCAAUCCCCAAUGGCACCGAUGCCAAGCCGCCGGCUCCACAAGCCAAGUCCAAGUUUAGUAUGACCAUUUCCCGUCCUGCCCCGGGCCUCACUGCUUUUCAACCCAAUGGCCCAGAAAAUGGUGGUCUACAGUCAGGGGUCAGAGUGGAAGAACCAGCGUUGGUCCAAACCCAAAACAAUGCUCCUGUCAUUGUGAAGUCCAGCGUGACACCCCCACCCACUGUGCUGACGACAGAUGGGGCGUCUCUAUCACUGACUAAUAAUGAUGAGGUUGACAGUGCACCUCCAAAGCCCAGGGAGGUCAGCAUCUUCCACAAGCUGUUCAAAACAGAGAAGAAGGUGCAGUUUGAGGAGCCUGUCCAGUCUGGCGUUCCAGAAAACCAAGAGGUGGUGAUCACCCUUAACCAAAAUGGUGGAUUGCAAAGUGCCCCGCCUAACGCCAGUCUCCAAAUUCAGAACGUAGACAAAGGCAAUCGAGCAGCUGCGGACGGGCAGAGAUCGGAGACUGCAAGCGUGCCAGUUGGCCCGGAGACCAGCGCAGAAGCCACCCAAACUAGCCCACAGCCGGAGGUCCAUCCAGUCAUGAGCUUCUUCAAAACCUUGGUGAGUCCGAACAAGCCCGUCCCGAAAUCUGAAGAGGAGACGAAACCUGAUGCAGGGGAUAAGAAAAAGGAAAAUGGCGGCCUGCGCAAAUCCUCUUCCAAGAAGGAGAAAGGGAAGGGCGCCGCGCAGCAGACCCCGGAGACGGAGGUGAAGGGUCAGAAGAAGGCCGACAGCUCCAAGAGCAGCACGCUGGGGAGAUUGUUCAGGCCGAAGCCAACUGCAAGCGCCAAAGAAGCCGCCGCCGCACGCCCCCGGCUGUUCUGGAGGAAGUCUUUGCAAGGAGACCCCCAGCCCAGUAAAAUCCAAGAGAAUGGUGUAGAGGAGCCGGCCGCUGUGCCCGUAAACGUAUCCCCAGAGCCGGCACUAACCCCCGAUACUAAUCCGCCGGACGUUGGCGUCCAACCGCAGGAAGAGGAGAAGGUGGAAAAGGAGGCUCCUCCGCGACCUCUGCCUUUCUGGAGGAAGUCUUUUAAGGCAGACCCCCAGCCUCCUAAAGUCCAGGAAAAUGUCGCAGUACAGCAGCCUGUAGUGUCUGUGAGCGUAGAGCAACCGGUCCCCGAGCAGCCAGCGGUACCAGAGCCCAAACCAACGGAGGCCGACAAACCGUCACCGGACAGCGAGAAGCCAGUGAAAGAAGCCAGUGCACGGCCCGUGCCUUUCUGGAAGAAGGUUGCGGUAGAGCAGCCUGUUGUGUCCGUGUCUCUUAACACUGAAAAAACGGCCCCGGAGCCGAUCGUAGCUCCAGAGGUACAACAAGCAGACGCCGUUAUAGCGCCACCGGAGAACGAGAAGCCGGUGAAGGAAGCAGCUUCGCGGCCUCUGCCCUUCUGGAAGUCUUUUAAAGCGGACCCCCAGCCUCCUAAGAUCCCGGAGAAUUCCCCACCAGAGGAACCUGUGACCGUUCAACUAACCGAGACUUCUUCCUCAGAACCGGAUUCCCAGUCCUCCAAACCAGACAGCAAGGCCAAGGCCAGCCCCGUCACAGAGGGCAAAUCCCAGCAGGGAAAAAAGGCAGAUGAGGGCAAAAACUCCAAACCCAAAAUCAUGAUGUUCUUCAAACAGCUGUCAGUGAUGGGUGACCCCAAUAAUGGCACGCCAGAGGAGGUUAACGGCAAAAUCUCACCUACCUUGGACAUCACUGAUGGCGUGGAGGUGGGCAAAUCUGAGAAGACUGUGGUCACAGCCGUGGUGGAACCUCCCCCUCCACCGCAGAAGGCCAAGGAAAACCCAAAAGAGAAGAAGGCCUCGUCAGAAAAGCUGGCCAAGCAGGAGAGCAGAGAGAGCCCUGAGGCUGCGGCCUCUUCACAGGCACAAGCUGUAGAGGCAGCGCCGGCGCAGAACGGAGCCGAAUCUUCUAAAGAUGGCCAGAUAAAGAAAGUAGAGAAGAGGCAAUCUCUGGGUAGUUUCUUCAAAGGCAUAGGCCCCAAGCGGCUAAUCGACGCAGAGGUCCAGACAGAUCCGGUCUCCAUCUUGCCUGCAGAGAAAGCCAAGUAAAGGUCGGCAUGACACCAAGACGGAGCAAUCUAUUGUGGGCGGAAGGGGCGGCUUCCGCUAUUGUAUAUUUCAGGUGUAAUUUGUACAGAGUUAGUUAAAUACAA